ACCAAACUCGUUAUCUUUUGAAGACCAAGAAUGAUUGCUCUUGUGGUUGUUCUGGUUGCUACAUAUGUUGAGGUUGGUGGACAAAAGGUUUGCCUUGAAACUAAAGAAAAAGGUCAUUUAAAUCAAUUGAGAAACCAGUUAAAAGGUUUUGAAAAAACUAUCUCUGACUUGGAAAAGGGCCUUAAAGGAAAACACGUUGUGGGAAAUGAUGGCUGUAGUAAAGACUGGGACCGUUUUAGAGAUCAUUGUUACUUUGUUAGCAAACACAAGAAAAGUUGGUUUGAAGCUGAGCGUUUUUGCCGAUUAAAAGGUUCAUCUCUCGUCAACAUUAAGGAUGACAAUGAAAACAACUGGGUUAUGUCGAAAUUAAAAGAAGCUAAAGUAACCAGUGCAUGGUUGGGAGCUACUGACUGUGAUUCAGACAAGUGGAUAUGGGUGUUAGACUUUGAACCUGUAAAAUAUUUCAAAUGUCAUGGUAAUGAACCGAAUGGUGGAACUGGGGAAAACUGUUUACAGAUGUACCCAAAUUCCGAAGGGGGAUGGAACGACGCGCCUUGCAAGAUCACACUUGAUUUCAUAUGCAAGAAACAUAUUAAUGGCUGCUCACCAAGAAAACAGUGAACGAAAUAAAAUAUUUCAAAGGUACAAUGGGUGUCUUUAUUUAUAAAAUGUCCACAGGCGAAGGAUAUAUGAAUUCAUGUGUGCGAGUCAUUAAUCUAGGUUCCUGGAAUUAAUUUCCAAUUUUUAUCGGUUUAAUCAAUUAUAAGAACAUGAAAUGCCA